GAAGGCAGAGAAACAACACAAACGGCGCAUGUUUGACCUUCCACCAAGGUGACCGCAUCGCUGGUGGAGAAUCGCUGUUUUCACUUGUAGUGCAACCGUGGUUCCGAUCGGGUCGCACUUUGAGUGGUUCUCUCCUGCGCUUUUAUUGAACAGUUGGUCUUUCCUGGUGGGACACUUUGUUCGAUUCUGAUUCUUUAAGUGAGUGAAGGUACUGUAAGUGGCCAAGAUGUCGAAGCCACAGUCGGACGAGCAGAAGCGCAAACAGAUCAGUGUGCGGGGCAUUUCGGUGCUGGAGGAUGUGAACGAGAUCAAGAAGGGUUUCAACCGCCAUCUCCAUUACACCCUGGUCAAGGAUCGCAAUGUGGCCACCACGCGUGACUACUACUUUGCCCUGGCGCACACCGUCAAGGACCACCUGGUGUCUCGCUGGAUCCGAACUCAGCAGCACUACUACGAACGGGACCCCAAGCGCGUGUACUACCUCUCGCUGGAGUACUACAUGGGUCGUUCGCUGCAAAACACCAUGAUCAACCUGGGCAUCCAGACGUCCUGCGACGAGGCCAUGUACCAGAUGGGUCUGGACAUUGAGGAGCUGGAGGACCUCGAGGAGGACGCCGGUCUCGGAAACGGCGGUUUGGGUCGGUUGGCCGCGUGCUUCCUCGACUCGAUGGCAACCCUUGGCAUGCCCGCUUAUGGUUAUGGUAUCCGUUACGAGUACGGUAUCUUCGCCCAAAAGAUAAAGAACGGCGAGCAGGUUGAGGAGCCCGACGAUUGGCUGCGUUACGGAAACCCGUGGGAGAAGGCCCGCCCGGAGUACAUGAUUCCGAUUCACUUCUAUGGUCGCGUGAUCGACACGCCCGAGGGCAAGAAGUGGGUCGAUACGCAGACCGUGUUCGCGAUGCCGUACGACAACCCGAUCCCCGGAUACGGCAACAACGUGGUCAACACGCUGCGUCUGUGGUCGGCCAAGUCGCCGGUUGACUUCAACCUGAAGUUCUUCAACGAUGGUGACUACAUCCAGGCCGUGCUGGACCGCAACUUGGCGGAGAACAUCUCGCGAGUUUUGUACCCGAACGAUAACUUCUUCGAGGGCAAGGAACUGCGUCUGAAGCAGGAGUACUUCAUGUGCGCCGCCACGCUGCAGGAUAUCGUGCGCCGUUACAAGGCGUCCAAGUUCGGAUCGCGUGCCGCCGUGCGCACCUCGUUCGAUGACUUCCCGAACAAGGUUGCCAUCCAGCUGAACGACACUCACCCCUCGUUGGCGAUCCCCGAGUUGAUGCGCAUUCUCGUUGACGACGAGAAGCUGUCCUGGGAACAGGCCUGGGAUGUGGUCACUCGCACGUGUGCCUACACCAACCACACCGUUCUUCCGGAAGCCCUCGAGCGUUGGCCGGUUUCGCUGCUGCAGUCGAUUCUGCCCCGUCACCUGGAGAUCAUCUACCACAUCAACUUUUUGCAUUUACAAAAUGUGGAGAAGCACUUCCCCGGAGACUGGGACAAAAUGCGUUCCCUGUCGCUCGUUGAGGAGGACGGAGACAAGCGCAUCAACAUGGCCAACUUGUCGAUCGUGGGUUCGCACGCCGUCAACGGUGUCGCCGCCAUCCACUCGGAGAUCAUCAAGAAGGACAUCUUCCGUGACUUCUUCGCCAUGUGCCCGGAAAAGUUCCAGAACAAGACCAACGGUAUCACGCCGCGUCGUUGGCUGCUGCUGUGCAACCCCGGUCUGUCCGAUCUGAUCGCCGAGAAGAUCGGUGACGAAUGGCCCGUCCAUCUGGAGCAGCUGACCAAGCUGAAGGCCUUCGCCAAGGAUCCCACAUUCCAGCGCGCCGUCGCCAAGGUCAAGCAGGAGAACAAACUGAAGCUGGCCCAGCUGCUGGAGAAGGACUACGGAGUCAAGGUGAACCCGGCUUCGAUGUUCGACAUCCAGGUCAAGCGUAUCCACGAGUACAAACGUCAGCUGCUCAACUGUCUGCACAUCAUCACCCUGUACAACCGCAUCAAGCGCGAUCCGACCGCCAACUUCACCCCGCGUACGAUCAUGAUCGGUGGCAAGGCCGCCCCAGGAUACUACAUCGCCAAGCAGAUCAUCAAGCUGAUCUGCUCCGUCGGAAACGUCGUCAACAACGAUCCGAUCGUCGGUGACAAGCUGAAGGUCAUCUUCCUGGAGAACUACCGCGUGACCCUGGCCGAAAAGAUCAUGCCGGCCGCCGAUCUGUCCGAGCAGAUCUCGACCGCCGGUACCGAGGCUUCCGGAACCGGUAACAUGAAGUUCAUGCUGAACGGUGCCUUGACCGUGGGAACGCUGGACGGCGCCAACGUCGAGAUGGCCGAGGAAAUGGGCAAUGACAACAUCUUCAUCUUCGGUAUGACCGUCGACGAGGUCGAGGAGCUGAAGAAGAAGGGCUACGACGCCACGCACUACUACAACACGAACCAGGACAUUAAGCAGUGCGUCGACCAGAUCCAGGGUGGAUUCUUCAGCCCGGGCAACCCGCACGAGUUCCAGGACAUUGCCAACGUGCUGAUGAAGUACGACCGUUACUAUCUGUUUGCCGACUACGAAUCGUACCUCAAGACCCAGGAUGAGGUGUCCGCUGUGUAUCAGAACCAGUCCAAGUGGCUCGAGAUGUCGAUCAACAACAUCGCGUCCAGCGGCAAGUUCUCCAGUGAUCGCACAAUCGCCGAGUACGCGCGCGAAAUCUGGGGCGUCGAGCCGUCGUGGGAGAAGCUGCCCAACCCGGGCGAGUACAAGUAAACGUCGUCACCAUCGCCGUCAUCGUCGUCGUGUAUCGUCGUGUCCACGUGCAGCUUAAAACUGCCACUGCCACCGUGCAAACAAAUUUAACACUCAAAAACACUCAAAAACACUAAAGAAAAACAAAAAACAAAUCUACUUCAAAAACAUCUACAUACUACAAAAUUCGGCGUCCAAACCGCGUUCUAGUUGUGUUGUUUCUCAUUUUUAAAACAAAAAAAAAAUCUAAAUUGUGUGUCUGUAUCGGGCUUACACCUCUAAUUGUGCGGGAAAACAUUCGCAACCUUGCAGCUGCAAUGUUCUCGAAUAAGUUUGUAAUCGUUAAAGCACGAACGCAAAACAAAACAAAAACACUAGUUAAUUGAAAUCCUUACAAAAAAAAAUGCAAUGAGAGAAAAUGUUAGGAGAAGAAGAAGUGAAAAUUGUUAUUAAAUAUGUCCCCUAGAUGUAGUAAAAUGCAUGAAAAAUCAAACAAACAACACAUAGUGAAGAACACACACACUAAUAACACACAUAAUAAAAAAGAAGAAAAAAAUCUCUCGAUUAUGUAAUAAUCACGGCGGAAACAUUGAGAUUAGGGUGCCAUUUUAUCUAGAUAUUAUAAAUGCUUUUUUUUCCUUUUUACCUGUUUACUGCAAACGGCUAUGCAAAAAGAGAGAGAAAAAAAAUAGAAAAAAAAACAAACCGCAGCAUACAAAACAAUGAUAUUUGAGACUAUAAUAGAGGAAAAAUGCAGCAAAACUAAAUAGGUGAGCUACGGGCAAAGCCGAAAUCAAAGAGAAAAGAAGGAGAUGAAAACAAAAGAAACUAACCCAUAAUAUUCUGUUGCAAAAUUGGAGCAUCUUACUGUUAAUAAUAUUAUUUCCUUUAUUUUUUACGAAAUAAAUAAAUAAAUUGGAGUUACCAAAAA